AUGGACGGAUUUAAGGCUCUCUUUGGCGGCAAGGCUACAGGUGCUCCGCAAAAGGCUGAUGGAGGCUUUGCGGACUUUGCGCCUCCUUCUGCUACCGGAUCCGGACCUCAGACAACUGCCGUUAGCAGCGUUCCAUACACAAAAUGGUACCGGGUAUGGGAACGCACAUCGCCACAGGAUUUUAUUCAGGAAGCAUUCAUUAUUCCAUUUAUCAUCAUAAUCGCUAUAUUGCAUAUGUGGGGGGCUGGUAAAAACAGGCGCAAGGCAAAGACGUGGGCUCAAGCGAAUAUUCCGGUACUCUGCGACGAGUUUGCGGUUGUUGGAUACAAUGGAGUGCCGCACAAUGCUAGCUCCGGUGAGGGAAUCGAGGUCGAUGGUAAAAUGCUCAAGGAAAGGGCCCUGAAUGAGUUCACUACCUAUGCCACCGGCCGUCAGAAUAUUGCUUUCGUCGAUAUCACCAUCAAAAUGCUGAAACGCUAUAACCCUCUGUUACUCUUUGGCGAAAUGGUUCUUGGUCUUUUUUUUGAUGCCAUGGUACCAUCUACUGAAAAGGUCGAGAUCAUUGCCUAUCCAUUUGAUGGUAGGGAGAAGGACCUUGUUCCGCCCACACCUAUGGAUGUUGAAACUGAUAAACGAUCAAAAUCAACUCCUUCCACAUAUGACGGCUUUGUCUUUGCGGUGGUUCACAAGAAUGCUAUGCGCCGCCUAAGGGAAGACCGAUACGACGUUUCGUUGACAUUCACUAAGGAUAACGCUAAACUUCCUAGUUGGUUGACCGUCAUGAGCGAGAGUGCUGAGAUUACGGAUUCCAUACUUGUUCCCGAGCUUGUCAAGGCUAUUGAAGAAGCAGGUGAUUUAUUUGACCACUUGAUUGUCACUGAUCAGCCUAUGGAGAAGCCUGCAACCACUGAAGAAGCAGUUCCCCGGAAGCGACUUAUUCUCUCUCUCCGUAUCCCGAGCUCUUCGGACGCCUCUGACUAUGUAUCUUCGUCCAACCUUCUGAAAAUUUUCAUUCGCCUGUCUGACCGUCUGGUGACUCUCGCUCACUUCAGGCCAGAAGUAACUCGCAAACUCCGCAAUACACGUGAGGAAGAGAUCAAACGAAUGAAGAGAGCUGACUUAGAUGAAAAGGCUGAAGAAAGGAAAACAGCCGCUGAAAAGAUUAAGAAGGAGGAGCGUGAUCGGCUCCUACGUAGCAUGUCAGCUGAAGAGCAGAAGAAGUACCUCGCAAAGGAGAAGGAGAGGGAGCAAAAGCGGGAGAUGAAGAGACAGACGAGAAAAGGAUAA